AUGGGAACCGGUACUCCGGUACUUGUGCGGGGAAAGAUCAAAGCAAGAAAGCAACGGUCAAGCAAAGGGACUGAGAUUGGUUCUGCAAAUGAAUUCAAGAUUCAAGCUUCCUUAAACAUUCUAGAAGUAUCUAUUACUGGCCCACAAUGUACAGUGGAAAGUCUCAAUGAUCUUCCCACAGAUAUUGUUUUGAAGGAGGAUACAAUUUUUGCACCAGAUCAACGCUACCUCCAGCUUCGCAAUGACGCUAGUCUCCGCAAAGCAUUGUCUCUGCGAUCGGCCAUCCAAGACCAAUGUAGAAAGUUUUUGUCUACCAUGAGAAUGAUGACGGAAAUUGAGACCCCUUUGCUAUUCAAGUCAACGUCAGAAGGUGCUCGAGAAUUCCUGGUUCCGACGCGACGAAAGGGCUAUGCGUACGCUCUUCCUCAGAGUCCUCAGCAAUUCAAACAGAUCUUGAUGUCCAGUGGUAUUGGGGGUUAUUUUCAAUUUGCCAAAUGCUUUCGAGAUGAGGACUUACGUGCAGAUCGACAGCCAGAGUUUUCACAGCUAGAUUUAGAGCUAGCCUUUGCGGGUAGCGAAGACAUCAUUUGCCUUGUGGAACAAAUGCUUGCUGAUUUGUGGACUUAUCUUGAUAUCGGAGGAUCCACCAAGAGGCUCUCACUGCCACUCCAGCGGUUGUCUUACGCGGAUGCUAUGCUGCAAUACGGAUCUGACAAACCUGAUCUACGCAUCCCCAUCAAGCCCUUCACCUCCGUGGGUCAUCUAAUUCCGGCGGAUCUUACAAGUAAGAUCAGCCCAUUAGCUGACCCUGUGGUCGAAGCUAUGAUUGUACCAUUGCAAUGCUCUGCCAAGCAAGCAAUAAAUCUCACUGGGGAGUAUCUUGAUUCGCCCGGAGGAAAACAAUUCAUGAACAAUCCUGCCGGAGCGCCAGGAAUCUUCGUGUAUGACUCUCAGAAGCCUUUACAUGGGCUUUCAGCCUUAGGCUUUGAAGCGGCGGAGAGCUUUGAACGCGAAUUCGAGUUAGAAGAUGGACAAUUGAUCAUCUUGCAAGCUAGAAAACGUGAAAACCUGACGGGCAGCUCCACCGCUUUAGGCAACUUGCGUAUGAGUAUAUUCAGCACAGCAGUGCGCCAGAAUUAUCUUCCUAGCCUCGAUUGGAACGACUUGAGAGCCCUUUGGGUCACAGACUUUCCUCUCUUCUCGCCGUGUGACCCAAUGGAGCCAGGACAAGGUGGCCACGCUGGUUUCGCAUCAACCCACCAUCCUUUCACAUCACCGAAGACACCUGAGGAUGUUGAUCUCUUGUUGUCAGACCCUGGGAAAGUUACAGGCGAUCAUUACGAUCUUGUAAUCAAUGGAGAAGAGAUCGCAGGGGGCUCUAGGCGUAUACAUCAAGCAGCAAUGCAGGAAUUUGUAUUCCGCGAGAUCCUGAAGAUGGAUGAGCCUAAAGUGGAAGAAUUUCGACAUCUGCUCGAGGCACUACGCGCUGGAUGUCCGCCCCAUGCUGGCAUUGCUUUCGGAUUCGACAGGCUCGUUGCUAUGCUCGUGAGCAGUAAGCUAGAGAAGCAUUUGACGAUGAGAGAUAAAAAGGCAGCUGUAGAGAUGGCGCCUACGAUACCUUCUCCUCGUUUGAAGAUCAAACCAGAGCCUCUGAUCACCUCGUCCUUUGCGCCGUUUGGCACAGUCAUAAGUGCCCCGCUCCCCGCAUCCAGGACGACUCUGCCCUAUCCUCCUCCGCAGUCCUCCCAAGUCGCAAAUCAGAACACCGCUCUCAAGUACCCUGAUAUUUCUCCGCUAUCAUCAGCGUACCGCCUUUCUCCAUCGGGUACACCAGCAACCCCUCAUGUCUCAUUAUUUUCAUGUUUCCCUCGCAGACUGCGAGCCUCGCCCGGCUCGUCUUCAAGCGGCCUCUUCGAUGUCAAGAGCCUAGAGAGGCACCCAUACACAACUCAGACUUUCGUACCGCUAUCUUCGUCUGAGGUAGACAGCAGAAGAAGACCCAAUUACCUUGUCAUCGUUGCACCAACCCUACCAACUCCCCCCACUACGGCGGGUCUGACACCUUACUUCUCGCAAAUCGCAACUGCUACCGGAGGUGGACCACCAGAUCUAGACAACAUCAAAGCAUUUGUAGCUGACGGAGGCACCGCGGUCACGUAUGGACUCGGGGUCUGGCAUGCACCUAUGGCUGUGGUCGGGGAGGGAAGAAUUGACUUUGUGGUCACGCAGUGGAUGAGCGGACGGGAAGGGGAGGACUGUCAAGAAGUAGACUUGGCUGGUUUGGAUGGUCAGGGAAUCGAGUUGGUCAUAGACUCAGAGAUUACUGUGGAAAAAGCAAAAUUAUGA